CCUUGAGGAACCGCUGCCCCCGCUCCCUGAAGAUGGGGGAACAAUGAAAUAAGCGAGAAGAUUCCUCUUCUCCCCCCCUCUCUCUCUUGCCCCCUCCCCCCUCCCCUCCCCUCUCCCCUUGACUCCUCUCUGAGGCACCAUGCUGACCCGCCUGUUCAGCGAGCCCGGCCUGCUCUCGGACGUGCCCAAGUUCGCCAGCUGGGGCGACGGCGACGACGACGAGCCGCCGAGGAGCGACAAGGGCGACGCGCCACCGCAGCAGCAGCAGCCGCCGCCGCCGCCGCCGCCUCCACCUCCUCCUCCCCACGCCGCCCCGGGCACCGGGGCACCGGGACCCGCCCGGGCCUCCAAGCCCGUGUCCCUCCGCGGAGAAGACGUCCCCCAGGAAGCCGCGUUGGCCGAGGUCAAGGAGGAAGGGGAGCUGGGAGGAGGCGAGGACGACGACGACGACGACGAGGAGGAGGGCCUGGACGAGGCGGAGGGCGAGAGGCCCAAGAAGCGGGGGCCGAAGAAGCGCAAGAUGACCAAGGCGCGCCUGGAGCGCUCCAAGCUGCGGAGGCAGAAGGCGAACGCGCGGGAGCGCAACCGCAUGCACGACCUGAACGCGGCGCUCGACAACCUGCGCAAGGUGGUGCCCUGCUACUCCAAGACGCAGAAGCUGUCCAAGAUCGAGACCCUGCGCCUGGCCAAGAACUACAUCUGGGCCCUGUCGGAGAUCCUGCGCUCCGGCAAGCGGCCGGACCUGGUGUCGUACGUGCAGACGCUGUGCAAGGGCCUGUCCCAACCCACCACCAACCUGGUGGCCGGCUGCCUGCAGCUCAACUCGCGCAACUUCCUCACGGAGCAGGGCGCCGACGGCGCCGGCCGCUUCCACGCCUCGGGCGGGCCUUUCGCCGUGCACCCCUACCCCUACCCCUGCUCCCGCCUGGCUGGCGCCCAGUGUCAGGCGGCCGGAGGCCUGGGCGGGGGCGCGGCGGCGGCUGCGCACGCCCUGCGGACCCACGGCUACUGCGCCGCCGCGGCCUACGAGACGCUGUACGCGGCGGCGGCGGCGGGGGGCGGGGGCGGCGGCGCCAGCCCGGACUACAACAGCUCCGAGUACGAGGGCCCGCUCAGCCCCCCGCUCUGCCUCAACGGCAACUUCUCCCUCAAGCAGGACUCGUCCCCGGACCACGACAAGAGCUACCACUACUCUAUGCACUACUCGGCGCUGCCGGGCUCGCGGCCCGCGGGCCACGGGCUGGUGUUCGGCUCGUCGGCCGUGCGCGGCGGCGUGCACUCCGACAACCUCCUGUCCUACGACGUGCACCUCCACCACGACCGGGGCCCCAUGUACGAGGAGCUCAACGCGUUUUUCCAUAACUGACGCCCCUCGCGCGCCGACCCCCUCUCCUCCUCCUCCUCCACCUCCUGGGCCUCGGCCUUUGGGCUGGGGUCCUUCCCCCCUCGGGGAUGCCCUCGGGGCGCGCGGGGGGUUCUGCGGCUCUCCGCGGCGGUGGCGCGCGCUCUGACCUGUGGGUGGCCCGUCCCAGGGGCCUGUCGCUCGGCCCUGGGGACUCGCCUUCUCUCUCUCUCUCUCUCUCUCUCUCUCUCUCUCUCUCUCUCCCUCUCUCCCUCCCCCCUAACGGGCCUCCCCCCCACCUUGGAGAGCACCUCUAGGGACCUCCCGCUCAGCCCUCCCAGGAGACCCCCUCCGCAUUCCCAAACUUGGGUUUUCUCUCCCCUCCCCCACAGGCCGGAAGGCGUUGGCUAGGGGCAGCUAGCUGAGUUUCGGGAUGGUGUCUCUUUCCCCCUCACCCCCACUUAUGGUUACUUUAAAAAAACAGACGCCGAGCUGCCCAGGCCGAAACGAGUUGCUAUCUGUUCCUUCUCGAAGAAGGCAAAAGCCAGGGCGCCCAAACGCCUUCACCCCGACCGGAAUCUCCGCGGGUUUUUUGUUGUUGUUUCUUUUUAAAUUUUUUUUUUUUAUUUCGGUGGGAAGGGAUGCGGAUUGAGAGGAAAGAGAGAGGCAAAGCCAAUUUGUAACUAGGAUAAUUUUUCCUUUUCCCUUUUUAAAAAAAAACAAAAAACAAAAAACAAACGAACAUACAAAAGGAAAAAAAAAAGAGAAAAAGAAAAAGGAAAAAAAAAAAAAAAAAGGCAGAGAGGCAACGGGAGGCCGAACUCAGAGUCCGGAUCGGAGAGAAAAUGCAGUAAGAACUUUUAGAAGCAAUAAAGGCAAAAAUAAAUAAAUAAUAAUAAUAAUAAUAUACUACCAAUAAUAAUUUUUAAAAAGACACAACUAUCUAUGCAAGGAGGUUCUGACUGAGCCUAGCAGCCGGGCCCGGGACGCCCCCUCGGGUCCGCCGGCUGCCCCGCCCACGCGCGGAUCUGUGCACUUUGGUGAAGUGGGGGGCCCGCGCCGCCCCUCCCCCCAGGUCCUUACAAUCAAUGACUCGGAGAUUUGGAGCCCCAGUGCCACCGCCCUCCCCCCCACCCCGGCCUGCCCCGUCCCGUUGCGCGUCGUACUGUUUUCUAAAAAGACCUGUUUCCAAAUUUGUAUGGAAUGGCAAACUGUUGGGGGGUCGGUUUGGGGAGGGAGGGUUUGCAUGAGAGACACACACACACACACACACACACACGCACGCACGCACACACACACACGCACCGCACGCACACGCGGGCCCGCCGCGGGCGUCCGCGGACACGAGGGGGCGAGUCUCCUGGCUCCGGCCCUCCCCGUCCAGCCCCUCUCGGGGUGAGGUGGGGGAGCCCAGACCCGGGGCAGCCCUGCCCCUGCCCGGACUGUGCCUCGGUGGGCGCCAAGCUCCUGGUGGCUGCUGGUGGCUGGAGAGGGUUUGUUUUUGUUUUUAUUUAUUUUUUCUUUUUUGGUUUGGUUUUUUUUUUGUUUGUUUGUUUGGUUUUUGGUUUUGGUUUUUGGUUUUGUUUUUUUUUUGGGGGGGGCGGGGAUUUCUGUUGUCGUUGCUUUGGUUUUCUGUUCCGUGGUGUGUUUCGGUUCGAGGCUCCCCCUGACUUUGGUCCCCCAGCGAGCUGAGGGAGGCAACAGGUGACCCUCUCCCCGCCAGGCAGGGACAUCAGGCACCCAAACACUCGAUGCAAAAAAACGCAAACCCACAGGCGACACACCCCCCACACACGCAAUUCGAAGAUGAAACUCCUGUCGGACACCCGAAGUGCAUUGCGUGUUUCUGUUGAGUUUAAUGGCGAUUAAUAAAUAUUUAUGUAAAUGAGAUGCAAAGCAGA